CUUUAAAUCCCAGCUCAUCUCUUCCCUCUUUGCAAGCCAUUUUUCUUUCUUCUCAAUUAUCAUACAACAAAGCAAGCACACCUUCAAGUUUUUUUUUUCUGUGCUCAUUUCACAGAAUCCGGCCCUCUUAGCUAUAAUUUCCACACUGGUCAGAGAUCUUUCCAUUCCUUCUCUAUAGCUUUGUGGGUUCUCCUCUUUUUGUUUAACCACAUAAAAAGAGUAAGAACUCCGGUUUAAUUUCUUAGGCUAUACAUUGAAGUUCCAAUAACAUGGCAGAGGAUCAGUGCAAACAAAAACCGAAACCAGAAUCAGUCACAGUUGAUGCUGAGACGAAGAGAAACAGGCUCCCAUACUUUCUCUUAUCAGUUAGACUCAAAUAUGUGAAGCUUGGCUAUCAUUAUUUAAUCUCUAGUGCCAUGUAUCUCUUGCUUGUUCCACUCCUAUUCAUUGCAUCAGCUCAUCUUUCAACACUCACUAUCCGAGAUUUUGUCCAGCUAUGGAACCACCUCAAGUUCAAUUUUGUCUCAGUAACUCUGUGCUCAGGUCUUGUAGUUUUCUUGGCUACUCUCUACUUCAUGAGCCGUCCUAGAAAAAUAUUCUUGGUGGAUUUUGCAUGUUACAAGCCUGAACCUGCUCGAAUGUGCACCAGAGAAACUUUCAUGGAGAAAUCAGCAGUAGCAGGCUGCUUCAGUGAAGAGAACCUGGCCUUUCAAAAGAAGAUCCUCGAGAGGUCUGGUUUAGGACAAAACACCUACUUCCCCGAGGCUGUGAUGCGGGUCACACCAAGGCCGUGCAUGGAGGACGCAAGGAAGGAGGCUGAGAUGGUGAUGUUUGGAGCCAUUGAUGAGCUCUUGGCCAAAACUGGGGUUAAAGCUAAGGACAUAGGUGUUCUUAUAGUGAACUGCAGUUUGUUCAACCCAACCCCUUCUCUCUCUGCUAUGGUAAUCAAUCAUUACAAGCUUAGAGGGAACAUAUUGAGCUACAAUCUUGGCGGUAUGGGUUGCAGUGCUGGGCUUAUUUCCAUCGAUCUCGCCAAGCAGCUUUUGCAGGUGCUCCCCAAUUCCUAUGCCCUGGUGAUCAGUAUGGAGAACAUCACUCUUAAUUGGUACUUCGGCAAUGACCGCUCCAUGCUUGUCUCCAACUGCUUAUUCCGUAUGGGUGGUGCCGCAAUCCUUCUCUCCAACCGACCAUCCGAUCGCCGCCGCUCAAAGUAUCAACUAAUCCACACUGUUCGCACACACAAAGGUGCCGAUGACAAGUGUUACAAUUGUGUCUUCCAAAAGGAGGAUGACACCAAAAGAAUUGGUGUCUCACUUUCUAAAGACCUUAUGGCUGUUGCGGGGGAAGCUCUGAAAACCAAUAUUACUACACUAGGGCCAUUGGUACUUCCCAUGUCAGAACAGCUCCUAUUUUUUGCAACUUUAGUAGGAAGGAAGAUCUUUAAACUGAACAUAAAACCAUACAUUCCUGAUUUCAAGUUGGCUUUUGAACACUUCUGCAUUCAUGCUGGAGGGAGAGCUGUGUUAGAUGAACUAGAGAAAAACCUUGAGCUCUCUGAUUGGCAUAUGGAGCCUUCAAGAAUGACUCUUUAUAGGUUUGGUAACACCUCUAGUAGUUCGUUGUGGUAUGAAUUGGCUUACUCUGAGGCCAAAGGAAGAAUUAGGAAGGGUGAUAGAACUUGGCAGAUUGCUUUCGGUUCAGGAUUCAAGUGUAACAGUGCGGUGUGGUAUGCAUUGAGGACGAUCAAUCCGGCAAAAGAGAAGAAUCCCUGGAUUGAUGAGAUUGAUGAAUUCCCUGUUCAUGUGCCUAAAGUGGUGUCCAUUGCUUCUUGAAGCUCGACAGUUUCCCCUUUUCGGAGGGAGAUAGUUAUAAUGUCAAUUGCUUACAACUCUUUUCUUUUCUUUCGAUUUUUCUUUUUUGAGAACGGAUUAUCAAUUGUUUUAUGUAAGUGCAAUUUAUGUGCAAGUGAAGACAAUUAAUUGUUUAUGGUUAAA